CGGGCACCGCCACCCCGGGGCGCCGCCGCUGCCGCGCACCGCUCCGCGGCUCCGCGCCCCGGGACGCCGCCGCCGCCGCCAGCACCGCCGCAAGCACCGCCGCGCGGACAGCGCCGCCCGGCCCGAGCGGGGGCGGCCGCAGCGCGGGGCCCGGAGAAGCCGCCGCUGCCCCCCCGCUUCCCCGGGCCGAGCCCCCGCUGCCCCGGCCCCAUGGCCGCGGAGGGUGCUCCGGCCUGGGCUUCGCAGCCCGGCAACGGCAGCGGGGCGGCGUGCCCCGUGGACGUGGCCUUCGCGCACCGCUACUUGCCCGCCGUCUACUUGGCGGUGAUCCCGCUGGGGCUGCUGGGGAACGGGCUGGGCCUGUGGCAGCUGUGCGCCGGGCGGCGGCGGAGCGCCCGCGGCGCCCUGAGCCUGCUGGUGGGCAACCUGGGCCUGGCCGACCUGCUGUACGUCAGCACGCUGCCCUUCCUGGUGAGCUACUACCUGCAGGGCAGAGUGUGGCUCUUCGGCAGCGCCUGGUGCCGCCUCACCCGGGGCCUCUUCCACCUCAACCUCUACGCCAGCAUCGGCUUCCUCACCUGCAUCAGCGUCCACCGGUACCUGGGCAUCGUGCACCCGAUGAAGACGCGGGGCAGGUGCCAGGCUCUGACCUCUUCCCUGUGGCUCAGCGUGAUGGUCUGGGUGUGGGUCGUCGCGCAGGUAGCUCCUGAUUUCGCCUUCAGCAAAAUGGACCACACAGGGAAGCGGUGCCACGACACGACAGACAACAAGAACCUGGGCAUUUACUUGCCGUACACCGCAGCCAUCACUGUGACUGGCUUCGUCAUCCCCUUCCUCAUCAUCAUCGGAUGCUAUGGCCAUGUGGUCGUGGUGCUCUGCAGGAACGACACCGUGGACCCCAGCCUGCGGAGGAGAAGCAUCAGGCUGGUGAUAGUAGUGAUGGUCCUCUUCUCACUCUGCUUCCUCCCCUAUCACAUAUUCAGAAACCUCAACUUGUUAUCUCGGAAGUGGCAACUGCAAGGGUCCUGCACGUGGACUUUACAGAACAUUUACAUUUCCUACCAGGUCACCCGCGGCCUGGCCAGCUUGAACAGUGCCUUGAACCCCCUGCUCUACAUAAUGACCAGCGAAGACUGCAUGUCCCAUGUGAGGACCCUCCGGCAAAGGGCCAGCCACUCUCUGCGCUCUCUCUUCAGGAGCGAAGCCAGCCAGCAGACGGACGAGAAGAAAAUCAACAUCAUUCACUGUGAGCAGCAGGUUUCUGAGGAGCUCUGAGUUACCCAGCUCCAGAUGUGGAUUUAAGACAGGACUCUCUCCUAAAGCGAGGCAAAGGGAAUUAACUACCUACCUCGCAGGAGCACUGUAAGGGCACAUUUUAGGGGGAAGUGCUUUGGAAAUGGAAAUGUUCAUAAAAACAUCAGAUUUUAAAUAUAUGACUAAGCUGUGCCAGUCCCUGUGUAAGUUGUUCCUGGGUGACUGAGCUGCUUCAGGACCUGUGUUAGCCUCUAUUGCUCCCCUCUUUUGCAGAAGAAAAAAGUAUUUUAGCUUUACUCACUCCCUUCCGGAAAAGCACAUAGCAGACAACAACAAAAAGGCAUUUUAAAGUUUCCGGAGGCUGGUGUUCUGUAAGGAGAGGACUGCAGAAGCCUGAACCACCAGUUUCAACAGGCAAAUCUCAGGAGAUUUUCCAAAUCUUCAGGUGGGUGGCUGCAUAUUACUCUUGCACCUAGCCUGGCAUUAUUAGAAGCUAGACGUGCAAAUACACACCUGACGUGUGUGUGUGUUAACCUGACCACAGCUGGCCUACUAAUAGUUGUGGAUCAAAGGAUUAAAUCUGUGGCCAUUAAUCAUUAAAUUUGUGGCCACUAAUGAUCCCUUUGCAGCUGACUCAUUGCGUGAAAAGUUUGACCCUACAGUAUCUGAAAACGUGGCAAAGAUUUUUCUUUUUAAAUAGGCUUGUAGCUGUGAGAGUGCGGUGAGAGGUCCAUGAUGGGGCCUUUGUGCGCAGUGUUGCUUGUGGCUGUGCAUGCACAAACCUAGAUUCACGACGGCUGCGUGUGUGCAUAUCAGGCCCGUGCCUAGCAAGUCUGACUGCAUGCUAAACUUGGUGCAAAUCUCUCCUGAUAAUUUCAUAAAAAUGACCAGGUGCUUGGAGUUAGAAGUUUGAUGUUUUCGACCGUGUCUGUUAAGCCAUGGGUGGGAAGCCCAGUUUACAAAGCAGCCAUGAGUUUCAGGCUUAUCCUAGUGAGUAUUCAGAAAUGGUCAUCAUACACUCCUGCACUUCUGAAAUCACUGCUCAAGGGGUGGAUGAAGACAUCCGCUGACCCAAAGAGAGUCAGAUAUCCUCGUUUGUUUGCCAUCGUAGAUGGCAAAUGCUCUUUUUUUUAAGAUACAAAUAGAUUCUCUGCACACCUUAAACGAUACUUGUUUUACAGUCAUCCUCCCAGCCUUGCCGGAAGAGAGGCAACGCGGGUUUGAAGACUUGUGAGGGAACGGUUAGACCGCAAGGGUAGGGUCUGCGCUGUCUCCAGGGCGGGCUGUUCCCAAGGCCAUGGGGCGUCUCCGCUUCCCGGGGAAGCACAGGCUGCCAAGCGGUGGUUUCCUUUUUCCUCUUGCUGUUCUCACCACUAACAGCUCAAAUAUUUCAGUUCUUGUGAAAAGAGCAAUGUAAUUCUUAAUAAUCGUUAAUCAUUUAAUAAUUGUUAAUAAUGUUUAAUACUUGACCAGACAAUACUGGGAAAGUGCCAGCGCAUGAACCCUGUGCUCUUUGGCACGAAGCCCCAUGUUUCUCACUGCCAGCUGCUGCUCGCGCCGACCCACCUUCGCCGUGCCACAGAGGGAGCGGCGGCUAGCUUUCAGACAGCGUAAAUAUGUCUAAAGUGCAAAUAAACACUUAAUGCUUUCAA